AUGAGAAAAACAUCAUUUUAAAAUGUCGGUUAAUAAAGUUGUAAUAAUAAUUCUAUAAUGUAAAUAGUGCCUCCAUCUUCAUAACUUAAUACUUUCAUGAAUGAUUAUGAGUAAUUAAUAAGAACAGGAGAAACCAUAAAUAAUAUUAAACCAAGAUCAAGAGAGUAAGAUAUAAUGAAUUUGUUAUUGAUUGGAAGUAUGAACAAAGGAAAUAAAAGAAAUAGUUUAGAGAAUCUCGAUUAGAAUUUUGGUUCAUCAAAUAUAUCCUAAAUAUCUACUACAACUAAUAAUAUAGCUAAUUUUGGUCAAUAGUUAUUAGGUUAACCUUAUGUAAUGAGUUAAUUUGAUUCACUAAUGCCUAGAUCAUCUAUAAAAAAUAAAAGAUCAAUGACUAUUUUGCCAAUGCCUUAAUAACUUCCAUUAUAAUAAUCAUAAUUACCUAUGUAAUAAUCUUAAUUGUCUAUUAAAUAACCAAUACAAUCAUAGUUUAAUUUACCAUAUCAAUAGAUAUAGAACUAAGAGAAACUAUUAAUAAAUGGUUAAAUAGGUAUGACUGUGAAUUAAACUUAAUAAUCAGUUCAUACCUUACCAGAAUAACCAAAAACUAGGAUAAUUGAUUAUAUAAUUAAAUAAAAUGAAGUUUUGGAAAAGUUGACUAAAACCAUAGCAUAAUAAAGGGAAAAAGAAAGUUAGGAUGAAAAGUAUAAACUUUUGGAAAGAAUGAAAAAGUUGGAAGCUUAAAAUGCUUAAGAUGCAUUUUAUAAUGAUAUGUAUGAUGAAAUACCACCACACAUGAGAUUAAGUUAAUAAUUUAGACCACCUCCAGGUUAUUAAUAUCAUCCUUAUUUUUAAUAAUAGAAUUUAUAUUAAUAAUAAUUUCCAACAAUGCCAUAUCCUGAGAAAUAGAAAUCAAAGUAACAAACUUUAUAAAUGUUAAGAAUGUUGAAACAAAUUGUAUUAAAAACAAUUUAAAUUUAAGAAAAUAGAAAAUUAGAGAAAGAAAAACUAAAAGAAUAAAAAACAAUAAGAUUUUGAUGAAAUUAUAAAUGAUAAAGCAGAAGUUGAUUCUUAUACUAGUGAAGAAACUGAUCCUGAACCGAGAUUAGUAUAAAAACCAAGAAUUUUAAAGCUAAGACCUAUUCCUCCACCUCCAUCUUAUGAUCCAAAAGAUGAUUAAGCUUAAUUAGUUUAAUUAAUAGGGUAUAAUAUUAUAAUUAAUAUUAUAGUAAACGUGCUUUGAAGAAAUUAAAAUAAUACUUUAUUAUGUUAUUUUUUUAUAUUUGGAAAUAUAAUAUAAUGAAGAAAACUAUUUUAGCAAAGAAAUAAUAUGUUAUUAAAAAAGGACCUGAAAUACUCUAAAAAUUCAUUGAAGAUACACAUGGUUUAUUUGGAAGAGUAUUGAAAAAUGUUUUUGAUGAUCUCUUUCUGCCUAAUUUAAAUAUUUAAAUAGUUCCAAAACCAAAAUAAAAGAUUUCAACUAAUCAAAUGAAUCAAAAUAUUAAAAAGCUUAAGGAAAUUUUAAAAAAGUUAUUUGAUAGUGUGAUUGAUAAUGCAAAUGAAAGUGAUUUCACAGAGAAUAUAAUGGUAUAUUUAAAUAGCAUUACAUGUGAAUAUGCAUAUCUAUUAGAUAGUCAACAUUUAAAAUUUGAAUUAAAUAGAUUAAAUUUUACAUAUCAUGGAUCAUUAAAAAAUAUGAUACAAAAGAAAUAAUAUAUGAUGAUUAUAAUAUCUAUGAUUGUCAAAGUAUUAUUGUAUAGGUUGCUGAGUAAAGCUCAUAUACAAAUUAAAAAUGUUAAAGCUACUGAUUAACUUAAAACUAAUAUGAAGACUAUUACUUCUGCUACUUAUGAAAUAUUUAUGUUAUUUAUUAAAGGAGCAUCUCCAAUUCAACUAAAUAAUAUACAGGAUAUACCGAUUGAAAAUAUUGUAAAAGAAAAAAAAGAUAUGUAUUAUUAAGUAGAUACAUUUGAUGCAACUGAAGAAGAAAUUGCAAAAAUAGAAGAAGCUAAAUAAAAAGUUAAUUCUAAAAAUGAAAGAAUUGAUGAACCUCUUUUAUUUCCCAUAUAUAGUGGUAGAGAAAUGGCAGCUUUGUAUAAUUAUAUAUAUUUAUAUAUAUAGUUUUGAUACUGAAAGAAUCUUUGUAACAAGUCUUUAAUAAAUGGUUGAAGGUUGGUGUGAAAAAAUUUACAAUAUGUUAUAAAACUAUAGAAAUCAAAAAGAAAUUAAAAGGAAAGAGGAACUUAGAAAAAAUAGAGAAUAAAUCCAUAAUUUUCUAGCAAUCAAAAGAGAUAGAGUGAAUAAAAUUAUAUAAUUAAACUAAGAUAAAGAUUUAUAAAUAUCUUAAGAAAUUGAAGAACUUACAAAUAAAAUAGCUGAGAAUAAAUAAAAAGCAAAGCGAGCUAAAGAUAAUUAUGAUACUAUGAUAAAAUAAAGAGAAGAAAGGUUUAACAAUAUGCUAAUUGGUGGUCUAAGGAAUAUGGGUUCGUAACUGCAACAUGAUAGUCAAUAAGAAUAACUAAUAAAAAGAUAGUAUUGA